CUCAGUAGUAUCUCAGCAGUCAGUCAACCGCAUGAGCAAAGAGGUCCUCAGUGAGCAUCUUUUAUCUCAGCCUCCUGCUUGUUUCGCAUCUGUUAUGACCCUGUUCAGCCCAAGAUACACGAGCAUGAGUGGAGACCUCAAGUCAAGUCGCUCCAGGGCAGCAAGUAAAAGGGCCAGCAACACCGCUUAUGGCACCGAGCUGGACCUGGAUGACAGCUAUGAGGACUACUAUGACAGGGUGUAUGACUACCAGCGUGUCCCAGCCUCCCUGUCUCCCCUGCCUUCAAUGGGGCCGAGUCUGCCCAAACGAUCCCGCUCAUCUUCUUACUCCUCCAAACACAGAGGCAGUCGAGACAAAACCCACUCCAAAAGCUCCAGAGCCCACUCCACUAGUUCCACCACAACCAAGUUGGACAUGGAAGAGUUGCAGGUGAUUAAAAAGGAGCUGACUCUGAUAAAGACACAGAUCGAUGGGCUGCUUGACAGUCUUGACAGGAUGGACACACACACGAGUGACCAUAAAGGCUCCCCUUUGAGGGAGGAAAGCCCAGCUUGCUCGCUGUACGCCAGCAGUCCAGAGCACUCCCUUUCUUCCCUCUCUCCACCUAGCUCCCAUCAUCGAAUCCACAGGGAGACCUCCUUACCGAGAGGGCCCAAUGAUGACCACCAUUUGAUGAACAAUCACAGCUUUGACCCCGAAGAUGAAAUAUGAGGCUUGAAGAAAACAAAGUGCAGAAGACAAGAAUGAAGUGACAAAAGUUGUGCAAAAGAACAGCAAACGAUGAAGCCACUAUCUUUAUUCUAAGCUCCACCGGGAGUGCACAUAUCAAACAACACUGUACAUUUGACUGGUUGCUGCAGCUGUAUCUGCAUUUUAGUGAAAAGAAAAGAAAAACAAAAAUGAAAAUAUACACCUCAUACUCAUACAUGCAUAUGAGAUGUUUUAGGAUGGAUUGAGCAGGAAGGAGUUAAAUCUUAUUUCCAGAGUAGUUGUGAAGGACAGCUGGAGGCAGAAACCUGCAUCCAUAUGCAUUCCUAUUGUGCUGUACCAGUGAAUUUGCAUGAACACAAAGGCUCCAGCAAUAAUCCAAAUACAGUAUUGCAGUGUUAAUCCAAAUGAGGAAUUGGAAUCCCCUGGUGAAAACAUAAAAUAAUCUAGUACUAAUUUCUGUUUAUCACAAUCGUUUAAGCCUUCUUCUGACUGGAAUUGAAAAUGUCAGACGAGAUUGUACAUGGUAAUUUACAUAUGUUUUGCUAGAAGGACAAGAAUUUUUCUGCUGCCUCAUCGGUUUUACUUGAGCAAGGACAGUAAAAAAAAUUCAAAAGUUUAGACUUUAACAGUCCAUUUAACAGAAUGAGGAAUACUGAAUAAGCACAUGCUGUUAAAACAAUGUGUACGCCUCAUACGUGGUAAACCUUAGUAUUUUCAGAAUGCAGUAUGAAUGUACUGUUUCCAUGGAAAUAAAUUAUCCGUCACUCCACUCACAUAUUAUCAGACUUUACAAUACAAGUAAAUUAUAGAGAUUAGUCAAUCUCACGGCUCUUGAUCAAGUUCUGUUUAAUUAUGUUAUUCUGUAUGUACUAGUAUGCCAUUUUGGAGUCAUUUUAGUACUUUCAAACAAUUAGACUGAUACCACUCUCUUCCAUGAUGAGUAUGGCACAGAGCUGUGUCAAAGUGCUGUGACCCAGGUCAGUGUGUAAUAUUGUGCAUUAUUGUAAACUUAACUGUAAGUGUUCAGCUGUCUGAUUUCACUUUUGCUUUAUUUUGUACAAAAAAAUACCUGUAUACAAAAACAAUGAUGCUAUUACAAAUUAUUUGGUGUUACAUGUUUUUGUUGCCAUUCAUGAGAUGAACCAAGUGGAAAAUACUCAUUGUCACUAGUAAAGGUAUUUUCAUAUUGAUU